AUGAAACUGAUGCUCCGCCUGAACAGCAGAGAAGGGGGACAUAAGGUGAGAGCGCAAUCCACAAUCCAGGACAAAAUGGUGUUUCCACAUGAGCUGGACCUGUCCACUCCCACCUUAUUUAAAAGCUUUCUGCGUUUUGGGUUAUUCCUGGGCCUCAUCUUCCAGUUUAUCCGCAUCCUGGCUGCCAUCUUCUCCACAUCCAGAGGCCAUGAGCAGGAGGAGGCCACUGAACAGAAGAAGAAACCUAAAGGGCCGGCACCACAGACUCGACAGAAGCCAAAGAAAGAGAGAAAAAAACAAACAUUAAAUAGCCUAAUGGGAAAGAUUAACUCCGUGGCGGUAAAGCGCUUUAAAGCUGGCGGUCACCGCCCGCCACCGGAACCGAGGGCCACGAAGAAGAGUCCGUUUGAAGACAGCGGCGCAACUCCGACCACAUGUGCGUUGGAGGCUCCGGUUGCUUCCGGUGGAGCUGCAGGCGGUCUGGGGAGGCCCGAGCUCCACACCACUCUGUCUCUGAGAGCUGCACUUCACUCAUUAAAGGAGACGGACUUCAACUCCAAAAAAGCUGUUAAGGAGACCCUGUGCAAAUCCGAGAGGAUCAAAAGCCUGAUCAAUGCCAGGGCGACUGAAGGCGCUUGGUUUCAACACUAA